AUUUGUUUGCAAGUUUUAUAAUACCUUAUUGCGUAUUCAAUAGUUUGAACUAAAAUGAAGUCUGUCAUCAACGUUAUAUUACUAAUGGUUCUCGUCACAUUUUGCACCAGUGAAUCUGGGGAUGUUCAAUUUCAGAACAGACUGUGCUCCGUGGAUGGAGCGUUUGAGGGUACCACGGUAGUGCAGCUCAUGACCAUAGAAGCCAGAGUCCCAACUCUGUACGAACAGACACGAUACGGAGGAGGCUGGCUAGUUGUGAUGCAGCGGUACGACGGCUCGGUAAAGUUCGAUCGAACAUGGGCCGAAUAUCGGGACGGGUUCGGAAUGGUGGGUCAGGAGUUUUGGAUGGGAUUGGAGCGUAUGCAUCGGCUGACCAGGGAACGGUCGUACGAGUUGGUGGUCGAGAUGGAGGACUUCGAGGGAAAUUAUAAGUAUGCGAGGUAUGAUGAUUUUGCGGUAGGACCAAGGGAGGAACGAUAUCCAUUGGUUAAAUUGGGAGUUUAUAAUGGAACAACUUUGGGAGAUUCGUUGACUCCUCACAAGGGAGCAGUAUUUUCAACGUACGAUGACGACGAGUUCGGCUGUUCAAACAAGUACGCCAAAGGGGGAUGGUGGUAUUACUGUGGAUCCUGCUACGGGUCGAGUCUGACCGGUAUCUGGAAAAAUGAACUGGCAUAUUCAUCCAUUUGUUGGAUGAAAUUUAGUUCGGUUUCCAACACACCGCUGAAGCGUGUACGAAUGAUGAUUCGACCGAAAAACUAAAGUAUACAUAGGAAAUUGAGCUCAAGUUAAACACGUGAGGGCAAUACAAGUUGAAACAAAAAGUGUUUAACCUACCAAAAAUGAAAAUAAAUGUCAUCUCGCAUUGAAUAAGUCGCCUUCACUAUGAAUUAAUCAAACAUCCA